CUGAUUGUGCGCUCCAUUACUUAGCAUGUGCACGAAGUAUCUAGUAACACCCCUAACAAUUGCCCCCCAAGCUGGUGGUGAGUUUUAACUCAUCGCUAGCUUAUAUAUAUAUAUAUUGGUUAAAUCUUCGUCGGUAAUUCUGGGUGGAGCCCUAUGUACCCCAGUUACCCCCUAGCUGGUGGCGCGUUUGACUGACGCGGUGCCAGCUUCUUGCGUCUUGCCCCCCAGUUGGUGUAUUCCAUUAAGGCGUGUAGCCCCCCAUUAGCGCCAUUAACGCUCAGGCAAGUAAAAUAUUUCAAUAUUUAAUAAUGAUAGAGGGACAGAGUACUUAGCUUUAUGUUGGCGAAGCGGAUCGAAAAGUUGUUAAAAUAAGAGUGGUGCGUCUGAGGAUCACAAGGCGCUUGUACAGCCUACUGGUGAUGUUACUUGUCUGGCGGAGGAGGGACGCGAGUUCAAUUCCUGGCGGCGGCAAUAAUAUUUUUGACGACUUUUUGUUCCGUGGAACUGAGUGGGCGCGAAUAGUUCGUGACUAUUGCGACUUUUGUUCCGUGGAAUUGAGUGGGCGCGAAUAGUGCAUGACUAUUGCUAUUUUUUGUUCUUUCGAACUGAGUGGGCGCGAAUAGUGCGGGACUAUUGCUAUUUUUUGUUCCGUGGAACUGAGUGUGCGCGAAUAGUUCAUGACUAUUGCGACUUUUUGUUUGUUCCGUGGAACUGAGUGGGCGCGAAUAGUGCGGGACUAUUGCUAUUUUUUGUUCCGUGGAACUGAGUGUGCGCGAAUAGUUCAUGACUAUUGCGACUUUUUGUUUGUUCCGUGGAACUGACUAGGCGUGAGUAGUUAAACAUCAAAUGUCGCGCCAUUGAAACAAAGGCCUCGCACGUAGCCUGCUGGUAAUAUUGCAUUCCAGGCGGAGGAGUGGCGUGGGUUCGAACCCUCGCGGCGACAACAAUUAUUUUUGAAGACUUCCGCGCGUUGGGCCAGAAGCAGAGCGGGGCGCGCUGGUGGGUUGAUCUGGACGCGGGCCGGGGUUGGGCCAGAAGCAGAGCGGGCCGCGAGUUGGAGUUGAGAAACUUUAAAAUAGCGCGCUGCACCUUUGAAUCACAAACAAUGUUUGUAGCGUACUGGUAAUGUUGCUUGGCACGCGAAAGAGUGACGCGAGUUCGAACCUUCGCGAUGACAAUAAUAUUUUUGAUGUGGCGCCUGUUGGAUGAGUGACGCGAGCCCGCAAGUGGAGUCAGGGCCGCGUGAAGGAUUGGACCUGGUGCGGCGCGGGCUGGUGGAGUGCGCGGCACGGGCCGCGACUUGGUUGGGCCGCGCGGGCUGGUGGGUCGCGCCUGGUGCGAUGCGUGACGCGAGCCCGCAAGUGGAGUCAGGGCCGCAUGAAGGAUUGGGCCAGGUGCGACGCGGGCAGGUGGAGUGCGCGGCACGGGCCGCGACUUGGUUGGGCCGCGCGGGCUGGUGGGUCGCGCCUGGUGCGACGCGGGCGGGUGGAGUGCGCGGCGCGGGCCGCGCGGGCUGGUGGGUCGCGCCUGGUGCGACGCGGGCGGGAGGAGUGCGCGGCGCGGGCCGCGCGGGCUGGUGGAGUGCGCGGCGCGGGCCGCGACUUGGUUAGGCCCCGCGGGCUGGUGGGUGCCUGGUGAGGCGGGCUAGAAGGAGGAUAUGGGCCGUGAGUUGGAUAUCGGGCUUGGGUGGAGCCUGUUGUAGCGAGCGGGCUGAAUUUGCAGUCAGGCGUGCCAAGGAUUUCGGCGGAAGGGUGGUGACGCAUAUUGGCAGAAGCGGACCAGGCCAAAUGUUAAGUGGGCCGUGGGCUGUAAAAGUGGAUUUCCGGACAUGAGAUGCGGUUGGACGCUGGAGUGGGUCUGCAUUGGGCUGUACAUGCCAAUCUCUGCCCGCCGCCUUGUGCCGUUGUGCGCUUAUUAUCUUUGAAACGCAUCCUAUUCCAUACCGUUUUGAAUUUUCCUCCUUGACUCCGGGUGCAGUUGUCCCCACUCAUUGCCUUCUUUUGGCUGGUGCUUCUCGACGCUUUUGGUUGCCUUCCAUCUUUUUUCACUUUCAGCACUUCUUUUUAUUUAUUCAUCUCCCUCUUGCGCUUAGUGACUCUCUGUUAGCAGAAUUAAGAGCGCUCGGCACUUUCUUCUUACGGCAGUCUCUGUUUUGGCCGUAUUUUGCGGCCCUCAAACUUCACGUGAUCUGUGUUCUUUGGCGUUUCCCCCAACUCCAAUCGGAAGCGUUCUCCCCCUCGAAAGCGUUUCCAUCAUUGGCGUCUGCCUCGAAAACCUCGUCCGCCGCCUCGGGAAUUCCACUCUUUGGGGAGAGAGAAAGUGUGACUGACAAACUGAGACAACGGUCUUUUCUUUCUUAAUCGACUGGGCUGUCACUGUAGAUGAGCAGUGGGAGAAGUGGUGAUGUUUACUGCUCCGCCUGAGCUCCGGCGGUCGGAAUCUGGAUUAUUGCGAAAAAGCUCACGUCCAUUUUUUCUCCUUUUUCUUUUUGAUUUUUGAGCUUUUACGUUGUCUCCGACUAUGAACGAAAGUAGCAUGGUCCUGGGCUAUUGAAGGCCCGAUUAAUCUUCAGUUUGCCUCUGUCCCGUUUUCCCAAUCUGCAAAUCUUCUUCCGUGGAAGUGUGCAAGUCUGGUUUCUUUUUGUUUCUUCUUUCUUCGCCGCUGUAGGGAGUCAGAAUGGCAAGUAAAAGAGGAAAGAUCGCGUCACCGGCGUUGGCAGAAAAGAACGAUCGGGUGGCGCUUGACGACGGCAGCGAGCUGUGACAGCAGAGGCGAGAGCCGGGUCGAUUGAGAAUGAUUGAUGGUGACAAGAGUGGGCACCAUUAACAUUGGUGUCCUCGUUUUCUUGCUCGUAGGGGUUCAACAACCACUGUCUUCGCUUCAAGUUGGAGGAAGAAGUGAUUUAUUCCCCAAAGCCCCCAGAGUUGGACCUUUCAUGUCCUGCUUCUUUUGUGCUUCCUUCUUUCUUGCUUGAUUUCUGUAGCUGCCAAGAUUCUGUGCUUUUCGAAUUCUGAGGGUCUCCCCUCCUUCGGAAACCGAAUGAAUGAAUCUCCAAAUCUGCCCCCCCCCCCACGGUGGGCGCCAAUUGUUUGUGCCAACUAGCUCGUGGCAGGAACAAUAAUGAUUGUCGGUGUGGGUUGACUCGUCAUCCGUUCUUCCGAUCUCGUCGGGAGGGAGAGAACCUGUGAAAGAGCCGGGGUUGCCCCCCGGAUUAAGCUCUGACGAUCAAGUCAGUGUAUGUUUGUGGAGAGAGUUGAGAGAAUAGAUAGAGAGAUAAAGUGUAGAGAGAUAUGAGAAAGUGGAAAGUCAGGGGAGAGGAAAGAAGCCCCCUUCUUUGGAGGGCUUCAAGCCCUUAUAUACCUGUAGCGGAUACCGAGUAUUGCCAUUGCUGAUUGUGCGCUCCAUUACUUAGCCUGUGCACGAAGUAUCUAGUAACACCCCCAACAACUAUGAAGCAAUAAUAUUUAUUACAAACUAUAGGUGACUGGUUCUAUAAAUUUUAGUCAGGUUA